CCGGGGAUGGCGUCGAUGGCGGCGGCGAUCGCGGCCUCGCGCUCGGCCGUCAUGAGCGGGAACCGGCCGCUGGACGACCGGGAGCGGAAGCGCUUCACCUACUUCUCGUCGCUGAGCCCCAUGGCCAGGAAGAUCAUGCAGGACAAGGAGAAGAUCCGGGAGAAGUACGGGCCCGAGUGGGCGCGGCUGCCGCCCGCGCAGCAGGACGAAAUCAUCGACCGCUGCCUGGUGGGGCCGCGCGCUGCGCCGGCCGCCGACGCGGGGGACGUGGGGGACCCGGCGCGCUUCCCGGGCCUGCGCGGGCCCACGGGCCAGAAGCUGGUGCGCUUCGGCGACGAGGACAUAACUUGGCAAGAUGAGCACUCGGCCCCAUUCUCCUGGGAAACAAGGAGUCAGAUGGACUUCAGUAUCUCCUCCUUGUCCAUCCAGGAGCCCAGCACAGCCACGGUGACCGGUGAUCCCAGGCCCCUGGCCAAGGCUCCCCAGGGCACACAGGCGGCCAAGCCCGCCCAGAGCAGCAGAUCCUCUAGCCUGGAUGCCCUGGGACCGUCUCGGAAAGAGGAGGAAUCUACCUUCUGGAAGAUCAGCGCCGAGCGCUCUCGGGAGGGGCCCGAGGCCGAGUUCCAGUCGCUGACACCCAGCCAGAUCAAGUCCAUGGAGAAAGGCGAAAAGGUCGCGCCAGCUUGCUACCGCCAGGAGCCCACCACAAAAGACAGGGAAGCCAAAUCCAUGCUCCAGGAACAUCAAGCCCUCCCCAGUGUGAGCGCAGAGCGAGAGGCGCCCCAGCCCGUGCAAGCCCCUGCCAGCUUGCUGCUGCCCAAGGCUACCCUCACCGAGUCCCCAGAGAAGCCACCACCUCCCGCCGCCCAGCAGGACGAUGAAGAUGACGCUCUGUUUUCAGAGCCUGCACUCGCACAGAUCACCUCAAGUAACGUCCUCUUGAAGACAGGCUUUGAUUUUCUGGACAACUGGUAAACUCUGCUACCCAGAGCCCUCCACGUGGCCCACCGUAGAGUAUUCGGAGGACGCAGCGCACCUGUGUAUUCCUCUUUUCUCUACUCUUUUCUUAGUCUUUUGGGAACUGGGAAGUGUUGCCAGGCUUCCCACCCCACCCCCCUUUUUUCUUUUGGUAAAACCAAAUAGAUAAAUAUGCUAUUUUCCAUGAUUUGAUAACAAGUUUUACAAAUGGGGUUUUUAAACACUAAGUAUCCAGUGAGCCUUGUAAAUAAAACUUCUGUUCCCAGCUCUAUCCCACUUUACCCUCCAACAAGGUUCUCUGACCAAGUCAUAGAAGGCCUCAAAGGCCGUUCCCUCUCCUCUCCAUGCCCUCCACACGCUUUUCCCUGUUGCUUUCUUGCUGGGUGCUCCCUGGGUGGAUAUGGGCUGUUGGCGGUCACCAUGGAAGGUUCAUCCUUAAACCUGUGCUCACUGUGUGCUCGUCCUCUGCCAAAGCCAGGUUUGAGCUAUGUGUCCUUUCCCCUCCCCCACACGUAGGAAACAGACUGCGUGUGGGCAGGUGGCAGGUGCCCCCUAAGCUGUCCUGGU